AUGGAAAAUAGCGAUGGUAAAUGUGAAGACAUGCCUAUUGAUGACAAACUAGAGGACUCAGACUAUGAAAUGGCUACAGAUGAAGCUGAUAUAAUUGAUGAAUGCAUAAAUGUUGGGCAACAAUUCAGCUGGAGCUUAUGCGAUGGCCCUGUUAUCCCUGAUUUUAUCCCUGAUUUUAUUGCUGAAUACGCAAAGCUCCCUUUCCUUCCACCUUGUCUCCGAAUUGGCUACCAAUAUCAGUUGGCCUAUGGUACAAACUUUGCAUCUGGUGGCGCUGGUGCUCUAGUAGAGACCUUUCCCGGAUUGGUUAUCGAUCUUCAAAAGCAGUUGUGGUAUUUCAAAGAGGUUAAAAAACAGUUGAGGUUGAAUCUUGGUAAAAGAGGAGCAAAACAAAUCGUGUCCAAUUCUGUAUACUUGUUUCACAUUGGGGUUAACGAUUAUGUGAACUAUUUUACAAAUUCUCGCACAUUUAAGUCAUCUAAACCAGAGGAUUAUGUGAAGAUCAAAGUCAUGUCAAGUGUCUUGAGCUAA